UCGUCCUAUUCUCGUCCUCAUAUGUUUGAGCCUUCAUACUGCUUGCAAUGUGUUUAUAAUGAUUUGCAUAUUCAUAUGCACGGCAAACCUCCAACAUUUUCAUGUAGUGCUCAUGAAAAUGCAUCUUUUUUUUUUUUUUUGAGGAUAAAAGGUUUUUUUUUUUUUCGGGUUGGAGGUUGGGGUGGGAUUUGGGAAGGUGGGGGUUGGACAUUGUAAGUAUUUUAAUGUGACCUUCAUCAGGCAUUCAUGUCAACUUAUCUAUUUAUGAUUUCAGUUUCUUCCACUCUGUUGUUCAAUUAGUGCUUGACCCCUUUAGCGGCAUUGUAAAUUAAAUGACAUUUCCGUGUCGUCCCAUAUUUAAAAUACUGCGUUAGUUGCGGAUCAGAAAUGAUGAUCUUCAUUCUGCAGCUAAUUUAUUCAUUUAACAAUUUCCCUCCAGAAGUUGCAGCAGAAGGCUGUGGAGCAACCUGAGCAGAAGAAAUCCAAGUCGGCUGAAUUUCUGAUGGCAGACAGAGUCUUGAUGGAAGGUGCUGAGAAUCCUGCAUUCCAGGAGGACUCGGACGAAGAGCUUGAAAUGAGAAGUGGUGGGCACGAUAGCACGCUUGCAGCUCAGAAGUGUGCAGGGCUGCAGGCCGCAGCUAUGGCACAAGGAAAUGAAGGUGCCCAAAAUUACUUUGACCCCUCGUCGGCAGCGGAGGGUGACCCAAGGCGGUGCAGGAUGUCUGGGGUCGGAGGCAGAGAUGAGCUGGAAUUAAAAUUUAUGAAUGAAGAUGAGAGAAACCUUUAUGAGAAACUUUUGGAAAUGUUUCAAGAAGAAGAUGCCUCCACUGUCAUAGAUUUACCAGGUAUGGUGAAGUCUGAGCAUGCUGAGAAUGUUCACCCAGCAGCUGAGAAUGGAUGGAGAGAUCGAUGGAGGGCUGAGCUGUUGGAGAGGAGAGUGGAGGUCAUUCCUCAGUAUGUGGAGCAGCUGAAAGAGUGUGUUCAGAGAGACAUGAUCCCAGUUAGCAGACUCACAUCAGAGCAGGAAGAGCAUUCGGAGCGAGGGAAGACGGAGGAAAAGGUGUGGGCGAGGAAGCAGAGAGUAAUGUCGCUCUUAAGGGGAAAUUCAAAGAUUAGGCGCAUAGAUGAAGAAGAAGCCAUUCUGCAGGACAGACUCUAUGCUGUGUUCCAGCGGGCGGAAAAUCGCUUGCUGAAUUCUCUGCGUCAACACCAGGCUGAGGUCAUCAACCAAUAUGGUGAAAUUAUUGAAGAGACAGAAAACACAGAACCACUGGGCAUUGAAUCUGACCUCCACUGGCAGGUGGAAUGGAUUCGGACCCCGGAGCCCAUAGAGGUGCUUGUUUUGUGUUUGAGGGCCGUGAGAGAGAAGCUGCCCAGAGGUCUGUACUCACUGAGUGUGUCUCUUCAGACUCAACUGGGCGGCCGCACGCUGCGCUGGUCCCGUCUGCAGGAGCAGCAGUUGGUUGGAAGAACAGAACCCGUGGAACACCAGGGCCGAUACUUUGACAUAGAGCUCAACAUUAACCAGAGCCUCUACAUGGUCUUGCCUGCAUCAUGUGAUCUGUUGCCAUCCAGUGUGUUAGUGUUCAAGGUGUUAUCUCUGCCCGGAGAUCACAGUUCUGUGAGUUCUGUAGUGGGCUGGGGUGCAUUUCCCGUCUGCCACUGCUCCUUCCAACUCUUCAAUGGAAAGUUCAAGACCCCUCUCUUGCGUGGCAGUCCGAACCCCUCACUCAACCAGUUCCGCAGAAUUGAGCAUCUGCUUUCCACUGACCUGGACAACUGGCUAUGCAACCUCUACUUCCAGGUGAAGAGACUCCCGCGGGGUAGCACUGGGGUGCCGGAGCGCAGCUUCACCCUUCAGAUCCCUUCUCACCCCCAGCUGAGCUCCAGCCAGGGGCUUCAUCCCCAUCCGGACACUUCCAUCCGCUCUUCUGCUUCUCUGCCAGGUAAGAGCCCCAGUGGACCUGUGUCGGCCUCUUUGCCCAGCAACCAGACAAACUGUCCCAUCGCUGAGAAAACCAAGGCUGAAAUUCAUAGCAAGAGCGGCAGGCAGAAGAAGAUAAUCGAGAAAAACAGUGAGGCGCUCAAACCUUUCCCUAAAGAUCAGCUAGACCAGUUCACCUUCUCUGUGAGGUCUCAGCACCACAAUCAGCACAGGUCUGCCGCUGUGUGCUGUGGGACGGGCGAGAGAACACGUCUGGCAGUGCGUCUCCUCCCGUCACUGCUCGGUUUGUCCUGCCAUCCACGUCCUCAUCUGUCUCAGAUCAGUCUGACCAUUCUCCUGUUCAGCUUAAUGUGGUUUCCCCGUCUGUACCUUCAUUACUGCAGCCAGUGGCUCUUCCUGCAGGCUCAACACAUCCCCAUCAACAGAUUUGGGUUGGGUGCGCACAAGGUGGAUCUGGUCUAUCAGGGUUCGCUGCUGUCUACCCUGGAGGAGGUUCUGCUGGUGCUGCUGGGCCCCCUGACCUUGAAUGCAGCUACGCUACUGCUGCUCCUGAUCAGAUGGGGCUGUCAGCUAACGUUUGGCUCACCGCCCUCCUUCCUGUCAAAGUUUAUCAUGGCUGCGGCGGUGUGGACAGUGCUGGACCCUCUGGCGGUCUUUGCUGUGGAUGCCGUCCUAGGGCGUCUGUCCUACAGUGCAGAGGAACCGUUAGCAGAUGCUGCUAAGCUGUACUGGCAUUUCUUUCGGACUGAGCAGUCGGGCACAGCAGGCAUCAUCAUCACACUCUUCUUGUAUGGUGUCCACUGCAUCCUCUCCUUCACCUUCCUUUAUGUUUACUUCCUCAGACUUCACAAUGAUGGGAGACUAUUAGAUAUCUACCAGCGGCUCCACAGCACUGAGGGAGCAUUCUUUGUUCCACAUGACAUGGAGGUUUCCAACCAAGAGCUCAAUUACAUUGUAAAGAAGGCAGAGCAAUGGAGAGGCUUCAAUGGAGAGAGACGUAAGGUGGCAGUGUAUGACUACAUCUGGACGGAGGAGGAGCCUGUGGUAGAAUUGGCACAACCUUCGGGCACGCCUAAUACCGGAUGUGAGACCAGCACCCAUGUAUCCAUCUACACACUGCACUUGAGCGGCCUGCGCCAACAUCACAGACACUUCCUGAGACAACCUGAUGGAGCCAUUAUAGAGGUGAUGCAUGAUUCUGACAAUAAAGAGUUUCAGAGAUCAGAGGUGCACGAGGAACAUGGGAGGAUGAAGAAUGCAAUGCAUCUCAGAGAGAGGAAGAGGAGAAAACCUGCCUGGCGAUCACACAGGGUUGAGCCUCUUGGAGGAAGUGCCUGUGAAUCAAGCAAUGGAAUAAAAGAGCCCAGCCCAUAACCAUGAUAU